AUGUAUAAACCCUAUAAAACGAGGCGGUUUGGAGGGCUGAGCAGAGUGCUACUGAAGGGGAGAGACGGCAUCAGCCUAAGGAGGAGGGCUGGGGAACACCACCGAAACAGCACCGCCAGCCACACGGACCCAGCCCCUACACAUUCCCCUUCAGUACCCAGGACAGAGUGCGGAUCGAGCAGCCGAGGAAUUCAGCACCUAGGAGAACUCCCAGCGCCGGGCGGACUUCCCAGGAGAAAGGACCAUCUCCCUGCCUCGUCCAGCAUGAUGGAACAUAGAAGCAGCUCCCAGCUUCUUCUGUCCUUCACACUCUUCAGUGUUCUCUGCUCGCCAGCACUGGCAUUACCUCCUUUGGGGACAUAUUCAGCUAUGAGUAGGUUGGGAAACAGAAUGCCAUUUGAUGGAGCAAGUGAACCUGAUCAAGCCCAAGGUUCAUUAAAACCUGAAACUGACAUUUUGCAAAAUGCACUACCAGAAAAUGACAAAUUCUAUCUUGACAUGUCCAGAGCUAUGGAUAGGAAUGCAAGACAUGCUGAUGGACUUUUCACCAGUGGCUACAGCAAACUUUUGGGUCAACUUUCUGCAAGGAGAUAUCUGGAAUCACUUAUUGGAAAACGGGUUAGCAACAACCUCCUGGACGAACAGAUGCCUGUCAAACGUCACUCUGAUGCCGUCUUCACUGACAACUACAGCCGAUUUCGAAAGCAAAUGGCCGUGAAGAAAUAUUUAAACUCAGUUUUAACUGGAAAAAGAAGCCAAGAAGAGCUAAACCCUGCCAGCCUUCGAGAUGAAGCAGAAUUGCUUGAACCCUCCUUUUCCGAAACCUAUGAUGAUGUUACAGUAGAUGAGCUGCUGAACCGCCUCCCAUUGAUAAUAGAAGAAAAUGCAUUUUCCCAAACAUAA